AUGCCGGUUUAUUUUCUUUUUAUUUGAGCGGUAAACUACGUGAGGGUUUAACAAUUUUGCGUAAUUCCUCGCGGUUUUUGUAAACAAUUAAUAUAAUAUUUGUUUUGUGUGAUAAAAUAUAAAUCAUUAUAAACCUAGUAACACAUCUAAAGUCAUUGUUCGAGUUUUGUAAAAUUUGCUCAAAUGGCGUGCAAACUAUUUUGGGUGCUGUUUACCAUAAUUGCUUUGAGCAGAACGGCAGCGGCAAUAAAAUUGAAUUAUCCGCGUGUUUUACUUCCUAUAUUUAGCAAAAUUUCAGUAAACUUUACAUUAGAAGUUAUUGAAAAGGGAUGUUUUAAAUGGUCAUCAUCGCGACAAGACUUGAUACUUAUCACUCCCUUAUAUGAAGACAUAGAGAGCGAGUGCUCCUAUCGUGCAAUGGUGACGGUAUUGACGCAUGAACCUCGUCACAAUGCUGCCAUUGUCUUGGCGGAGGAUGUCAGCACAAGUGAAAAUUUGCGGUGCGAUGUUAUACUCGACGUUAUUGAUAAAUUAGCAGUGCGCACUACGUCGCGCCAACUAUUCCUGGAGGAGGCGCCGGAGACGUUUGAGUUACGCGCAGAGGAUUCACAAGGCAACGAGUUCACAACGCUGGAAGGUAUUGAGUUCAGUUGGGUGAUUUCUUCAUUGAGCAGCCGUGGCGCUAAUAAAAAUUGGGCACCGGCUUUAAGGUUCCUGACUUUCAGUGAGAGCGCCUACCAUGUUGUGCCUCCGGCAUUGGAAAAAUUUGAGGCACAGCGUAUGAAAGGUUAUAUGGUGUUGUUAGAAGGCAUCAACACAGGCACUGCCAAGGUUACCAUAAGUAUUCCUUAUCCGGAGUAUAGUCAUGUGCCAAAAAUGGAAGUCUACAUCAAUGUUUUGGCUAAUAUUAUUCUUGAGCCUUCAGAUGUGACUUUGCUUCCGGGUGAUACGAUUAACUUUCGCAUACUGCAAAUGAAAUUGGGUAAAUUACAGGAGAUUUCAUUGAACGAACAGUACUUUUUAGAAAUAGAAGAUAGCAAUGUCGCAUCAAUAAAUGGCAAUAGCGCCACCGCUUCAAAACUUGGCAAAACAGUAGUAGUUCUCCGCGACCGCAAUGCACCAAUCGACGAGGAGAGCAGUAAUUUAGAUAGCACACUUGUGAAAGCUUCAACGCCUAGUGCACGAGUGACAGUGGCUGAGCCGGUACGUUUGGGCCUAAGUCUAUUGCCACACAAUAAUUGGAUUACAGUAGAGGGCGAAAAGCAUGAAAUAGCGCUAGAUUUGUACACAAGUGAUGAUCAGAAGAUUACACUGGGUUCGCGUUUCUCCAUGCAAUCUGAAUUGGAUGACGUGCUCUUUUAUAUAAUUUCCAAAAAUAAAAAUGGCAGCCGCAUAUAUGGUGAAGCUAUUCGUGAAGGUGUUUCACCAGUUUACGGUUCUUUCAAAGAGCUUACCGCCCAAGCAGAGUUGCAAAUUUUUAGUGAACUUUUCCUUUCGCCCAGCAAAGUUAUACUUCCCUUUGAUCCAAAUGUUAUAAAGGCACAAAAAAUUCAAUUUCAUGCACGCGGUGGCGAUGGUUCUUUCACCUGGCACUCGCAAAAUCAACGUACAUUACAUAUUUCACAGUCAGGUCUCGCCAAUACAGUUAUACGACAUACGGAUAGCAAACGUUUACAGGCGGAUACUUUGGAAGAGGGAUCUAUUCUUGCCACACAUGCCAGCAUUAGAGUUGCGUUGACAAAAAAUCCUAAAAUUACACGGCAAGCAGAUAUAUAUUUCCUGCCACCUGUUAAAUUGGAAAUCUUAAAAUAUAACUUUGAAACAGCGCUGAAAGAUUAUGUGCGUCUGAAUAUUGCUAUGUACGCGUAUGUCAAUCAGACAUUCGUUCCAUUUACUCGCUGUGAAAACCUCGUUUUCGAUUAUGAGUUUUCGAAUCAGAUCUUCCAAGUAGACUACAACGAGCAGACUACACAAAUGAUUGAUGAUGCCUGCCAGGUUAUACAUCUGCGCAGCACUGCCAUUGGUCUUACCAAUUUCCGUGUCUCAUAUAAAUUCCAAGAUAGAGUACUUAAGGACGAGGUAACGUUGAGUGUUUUUGAACCACUGUUAGUUAUAAAUCCAAGUGAAAAUGAAGUAGUAUUGCCUAUCGGUGCAUCGCGCAACAUUAUCUUAUCGAAUGGUCCACAAAAAAUGUUCACACUAGAAAGUGAAUUAACAAAAUCGGUAGAAUAUGAUGAAAAAAUUGCUGAGAUUAACGACUUGGAAUUUGAGACACAAGAACCGAUGCAUGUAUUCAAUGUAAUGUGCCGCAAAAUUGGCAGAACCACGUUCACUUUCAAUAUACACAAUGCUCUGUUGCACUCAAAUUUCCAACCGUAUAUAUCCAUUGUUAGUACGACCGUUUAUUGUGUUAAACCUCGUUUCCUCAAUCUUUAUGCAACAGAGCAACUGCGUACUUCUUGUCCAAUGGAGGUGAAAAACUCUCUGCUGCACAUUAAAGAACGCGAUGAUAAAUUUGAAAUAGAAAUUGAGGUACAAGAUUCAAAGAAUAGGAAAUUGAUGAAUAUCACUUCGCUGUUUAUUGAUUGGGAAUUUGCCGCUGGUGAUGAGCGCUACCAAAAUGAUGCCAUUAUGCAUUAUCGCCGUACCGAAGAAGAGCUUUACGCGGGAGUUCGGCUACCUGCACGUGAUGUGCUCAUCACCACCAUUGCGGAUGUGGCACAGAACUUCCGCAUUAAAGGUGUGGUGACGCGCUAUGAUGCGACAGUGUUGAGAAAACACGAUAUUUACCCGGAAGUACCCAAUUUUGGUGUGAAGAAUCCCAAAACCAGCGAAGUAUACACUCCUGUUAUUGAGAAUGAAAUUCGUUUCAUGGCUGUGAACAGCACACUUUUCCCCAGUGAUCAUGUCAGCAUUUUUAUGGCCAAAAAUCGCCGCGAGCGCAUACCUAUUUCACAAGGCAGUGGCUCCUAUGAAUUCGAAUUAUAUGAACAGAAUGUUGUGAACGUGGAAUAUGAUGCAAAAGAAAAGGAGUUGGUAAUAACUCCGCUGCGAGUAGGUCAUGCACGUCUGGAGGUCAUCGAUCGUUGUUUAAUGACGGAGCCGGCUCAUCUUUCAAUUUCUGUUGUUACAAUCGGCUCCAUUCGUGUCGAAGCACCCGAUCGUGUUGAACGCACAAAAUCCAUAGAAGCUAUCGUUAAGUUGUAUGAUUCCAAUGAUAAUUUAUUAAAAAUAGACCCAUUCAAUUUACAUGUCUACGAAUUGUCUGAAGAGAUUUUCAAUGGAGAUAUACUAAGCGUGACUUUAGGCGAACAAUUCGAUUUGGAGAAGGGCGAAGUGAAAUACAUUGUAACCGGCAAUAAUCUUGGUGAGACGAAAAUUGUUUUUACGGCCGGAAGUGGCGAUUUGCUGGUUGCCAGUGAACCUGUAAAUGUGCAGGUAUUUCCACCACUACGUCUCUAUCCUCGGAAUUCCACACUAGUUGUUGGUUCCAUCGUACAAAUUUACUAUCAUGGUGGCCCACAACCGGAUCUGAACAUUGUCUAUUAUGUGCAUGACAGAAAAGUUAUUUCCAUGGAGUCAGCUAUUGUUACUGCACAUAAGCUUGGUACAACGAAAAUCACCGGUAAAUGUAUUAUGACAAAUCCCGGAAAUGGCAAAGAAGUGGUCAUAUCCGCUGACACAGUAGAAGUGCAUGUUGUACCUUUUGUGAAUAUACAAGUGAAGACACCGUUAGUGCGCAUACGUAGCGGUGCAGUGAUGCCGGCAGCUAUAUGGGGUGUGCCUGAUCUCUCGCCUAUGGUGUUGGGCACGUUGGAGAACAUGCGUGUGACUUGGACAACAAAUCAACCGGAUGUGGUAGACAUCUAUAAUGUAUUUGCGGAUUCUGGUGUCGAAUAUGAAAGUUCGAAUCUCAUAUCAGUGCGUGUAAAGGCUGUUAAUCCCGGCAAGGCCAAAAUUCAAGCCACUGUUGAAUUGCCUACAGGUCAAAAAAUAACAAGUUCAGUUGAAGUUGUUGUAUUCAAAAUAUUGGAGCUUGAGUCUCCCAAACACAUCAAAAUGGAUUGGAUUCUAGUAGCGCCACGUAGCACGAUACAAUUAAAAGCAAAUUCAGAUGAUGUUGUCUACCAACUGGAUAGCGAUAGUAAUGGCAUUGUUAAGGUUUCCACCGACGGUGUUGUGCGUACGCAGGAUACGCUAGGACGCGACCUGAUUAUUGCGAAAACUUUCGAGCAAACCCUACCAGUCGGCAUUGAAGUGAAAAAUGUACAAUAUAUUUUGGCUUCCUUGGCAUAUCCCACUUCGCGAUUGAAGCAAAGCGAAUCACACAUACCACGUGGAAUGAAUUUUGCGCUGAAAAUUUCCUUGCACGACAACUUGGGCAAUGAAUUCUCGCAUAAUAUUGACGAUGUAAAUGGACUGAAGUACGACUUGUCGCGCAAGGAUAUCGUGGAUAUACAAUUAGGCAACAAUUUGACCAUUGGGAUAAAUCUGCCACGUGAAACAAAUAACAUGAUUGCUAUCAGCUUAAGGGACACGACUGGAGUUAAACAUGCUGAGGAUUACAUCAAGCUGUCAGUAGUAGAUUCGAAGAACACGUUCCCAACUAAGACAAUUUUCUCUGUGGGCGACAUCAUUUGCUUCGAGUCACCGCUAACAUUGUCGUCAGUGUGGAGCAGCUCGGACGACCAAAUUAUAGCAAUUGACAAAUUUACGGGAGUUGCGCGUGUACUGGGCAAUCGCUUGAAAUUGGGCGAAAAAAUCGUAGUUACCAACGGCGAUAAAGCAAGUGGCAGUGCCAUAAAAUACGAUGUCGAAGUUCGUGAUACGGAUGUGAUUCAAUUAUUGAAAUCUUUCGAUAUAUUUAGCGGUUCAAUGUAUCGAGGACAUUUGGUUGUGCGCAAUCAUUUACAAGUGGAUAAGUUUACCAACUUGUUUGCCAGAAAUAUUUCGAAAUGUUCAAGUGCCCUUGAACGCAUACCCACAGUGAAACCAUUCACGUGCCGUCUAACAUCGAAGCAAUCUUUGGGCCAACAACUGCUCGAACAUUAUGUGGUAACACCCAUUUUUGAGGCCGACACCGGACGCUAUGCGUGUCAGAUUGAAUUGUCGUCGAAUUUCAAUGAAGUACUUAGCAUUGUGAAGACUAAUGAUGUCCACUUCGAUUUGGAGGCACAACUGCCAAAUGGUUUAUCGGAUGUUAUGUCAUUAAAAUUUGUUCCCGGCGUGCGCGUAACACCGCAAACGUUGCAAGCAACUGAAUUGAAAGAACAAGAUUUAACAAUCACUGGGCUGGACAAGGUGCUACAGAAGGUGGAGGUGAAAGCAUCCGAUACGAAGUAUUUGCAAGUCAUACAACAAGUAAAAGCGCACGGAUCCUUGCAAUACAAGGUAAAGAUACUGCACGAACUGCCAACGGAUGAGCAAUUAUUUAUCCAUGUGCAUGCACCAACAACACUACAAGACAUUGAGAUACCCAUUCUCGGCGCCAAUACUUUGCUGCAAACUUGCUCCACACAACCGUUCAGCAAUUCAUCAUCGUUUUUCGUGAAAGUUAUAUCGAAUGUUGGGCUCAUAGUCACGGCGCUGGUCGUGUUGGGAUUCACUGUUUGGCUGUACGUCUUUCUGAGUCCACAACAGAGCAAAACGGAAAUCAACGCUGACGUCUUCUCCACUUCUAUUAAAAACAAGUCGCGCACCACCAGCACACCGACAACACCAACAUCACAAGGAGGCAGUCCAGGCAAUCUAAUCUAUCCCAAUCUGUCACCUUAUUACAGUCAGCGCAAGAGUCCCAUUAGUCCAAGUACUUUAUCGUCUGGAAUUGAUACACAAGUUUAUGGCGAUUCGAUAUUGAUGUCACCACAGCAGCGUGUAAAUCGUCGUUAUUUAUAGGCUACUAGCAUAUAAUUUAUUUUAAAUAUUUUUAGUGUUGUCGCGCAUUCAUUUCAUUUAAUUUUACUUUAGAAUUCUUUUUUAAAUUUUUAUAACUUAUUUGACUGACAUUAACUUAACAUUAGGCAUAUUACUUGCUGCAGGUCAUAUACCUAUAUUUUUUAAUAACACAAUUUGUUUGCUCACAUUUGCUUUGUUCGAGUAGUUCAUGUCGUAAUUUGCAGAAAAUCGGUUAAUAUUGUAUUUUGCGGCAGUGAGGUCAAAGCGCAACUACUAAUUAGUUGCCACGAUAGUGGGCUCUAUAUUACCGGUAUGAAAUUUUAUCCGGCCAAAGACUGUUAGCUCAGCAGCUAUUCCCAAACAUGCUUGGAACAUUUUUAUGCUGUUACAACAACAACAAACAUGAAUGUAUAAACAAAUUGAAUUAGCCUUUGCAUCUCUUGGCUUCUACUCAUGUUUAGUCAAGAAAUUAAUUUAAUUUUUUGUAUAUAAAAUUAAUUUAACUUUUUUUCUUUUAUGUGUAACUGUGUUCAAUAUUUGUUUCUCUUUGAUUCGUUUAUAUGUAUAAGAAAGAAAUAACAACGCAUUAAAUAAAUGAAACAUAUUUACGAUCACUUUUUGCAGUGCUGCCUUUGGAUUAAUGAAACUGUAGCAGCAUUUUGUUAAUCUAAUUUUGAAUUGGAAUUCUUUUAGUUUUUAUUACAUAUAUUAAAAUAGUUUUAGUUUAUUUUUCUCACAAUUAUAUUAAAAAAAACCUAUAUUUAUAUUAUACAGUCCUGUGCAAAAAAAACCGGACAGUCUAAAAAACUCCAUUUUUUGAAGUAGUAUGGAUACUAUCAAAUAUGUUUGAAUGUGGUUAUAUUCCAUUGUGUUUUUAAUACAAAAGUAUGAAAUAAAUUUAAUAAAUUUCAUACGUGUUGUUAAUAUUUUCAUACUUUAUUUGUUUUAGCAUAGUCAAUAACGAAUGUUUUAUUAUUAGUUUAUCCUUAUUAUAUAAUCUUACAUCUAAUUAAUUCAAAACAAAAUUAAUUAUUUCAUUAUAAAUGUUAUAAUUUGAAGUUUUAAUACUUGGUCGCACCGCCUUUCGCCUUAAUUACCGCUUUAAUACGUCUCGGCAUUGAUGUAACCAGGGUUUGCAACAAUUCCUCCGAAAUAUCGUUGUGCCAAGUGUCCAUUAUAAUGUUAUCCAGGUCAGUUUUGUUCUUCGGCUUUUUUUCAGCUGCCUGCUUCUUUACAAUGGCCCAGAGGUUCUCAAUUGGGUUUAGGUCGGGACUGUUACCCAGCCAUUCCUAUUGGACAAUUCCGUUUUUUUCCAUAAAUUCUUUUACCUGCAACAAAUAAGGAAUAAAUCAUUGGUUUUUUGAUUCGACAUUUAAACAAAACACUCGGGAGAUUUAACAAAAAUCAUAACUUACUUUGUGAGAUUAGGUGAUCGGCGAUGGCGCAGAAUCAUUCUGAAAUAUAACGUCCGUUCUUAGAGAAUACUGCUCCUCAAUGACAGGUAUUAAAUGCCUAUUUAAAAUUGAAAUGUAAGCAUCUCCGUUCACCCGACCAUCAAUAAGAGUCAGUGCUUUCGUUCCGUCAUAGCUGAAGCAGCCCCAUACCAUUCUACCAACUGACUGUCUUACAGUAGGCAGUAUGCAUCCAGUUUUAUAUCUUUCGCCAGAUCUGCGCCUCACAUGGUGGAUACCAUCCGAUCCAAAGAGGUUAAACUUGGAUUCAUCCGAAAAAAUCACAUUCUUCCAGUGCUCGACAGUCCAGUUUUCAUGAGUUUUGGCCCAUCGGUAUCGUUUUUGACGCAUUUUUUCGUUCAAAAACGGUUUUUUUUGCGGGAUGUCUUCCUACAAAACCGGCAUUUAUCAAUUCGACGCCAGUUGCAUCCAAGAACUCCUUCCUGAUGUCUGCCGAAGAUUUGAAACGGUCCUGGAUACACAUCCGCUUAAUCAUCCGGCCUUCAGCAGGCGACGUCUUUUUUCGUCGUCCAGAUCCUUUCUUUCGCUCCGUUGAAGCCGUUUCUGCAAAUUUCUUUAAAAAAUCGGCAACAGAUGAUUUGCUGAAGCCUACUUUAGCAGCAAUUUGACGUACGGACAAUUUUUGCUGUGAUAGGGCAAUAAUUUGGCCCUUAACGACAGCUCCCAUUUGCUUCGAUUUUGGCAUAUUUUUGAUAUUAACACUUGCCACGUAUCAACUAUUUCACUUAUUGGUUAAAUUAUGAUACAAAUUAAUUCAAAACUGUUCUAUUUAUACACAAAAAAAGCUACUUACCGCCAAGAAGCUUUAUACUCAAGCUAUAGAAAUUUAAAUAGGGUAAAUUAGCUGUCCGGUUUUUUUUGCACAGGACUGUAUAUCAACAAUUUUUUGUACUAUUUGUUUGAUAAUUUUUUCAGUGCGGAACCAAGGUGCACAUAGUAAAAUAAUAUGAGUUGUGGAAAAUCUUACUUUAUGUGAACUUCUAAGAAAGUAUCACUGCCGAGUUUUUAGAAAAAAAAAAAAAAAAAAUUGAUUAUCUUAAAAAGAGAAUGGGAUAUGAGCAUUUAUUUUCCUUGACUUGAAGAAAGCAGAAAUUAAUAUUAAGUUGAUAUGUAGUUUCAAAUUAAAAUAAAAUAUUUGUAAGUAUUUUGUGUAUGAAUAUCAGGAUGAGCAUAAAAAGCCCGAACAUGUAAGACCUGAAUAUAGAGUUACUACAUAAAAAUCGGAGUAGACAUUUGUGAAAUUUAUUUAAAUGUGAUUUGUAUACAAUUAAAUAUAUUAAAACAAAUUGUUAAUGACUUGUAUGAUA